AUGAGCUGGCAUACAUUAUCCACAUAUUUAAACAUCAUAACCGUAGUCUUUAUUCUGCUCGAGAUGCAUACAUUUGAGGCAGCACCAGUUGGUCAGAAUUACAUUAUCAUUGUUGAUGCUGGCAGCAGUGGUUCAAGAAUGUUCGUAUACACAUGGCAAACGAAAGCAGAGUCCUUGAGUGGUUUAGAAGAUGUGGAAAUUUUAAAGGAUGUAUCGGGAAAUCCUGUGGUAAAGAAGAAAACCCCCGGUCUUUCAAGCUUUGCCAACAAGUUAUCUGACAUUCCUGAAUAUAUAUCUGCUUUGCUGAGCGAUGCUGAGUCACAUAUCCCUCUGAGUAGUCAACCUAGCACCCCAUUAUUUAUUAUGGCUACAGCGGGAAUGAGGCUUCUUACACAGACGGAUCAAGAUGCAAUUUGGAAGCGUGUUCGAAGUCAUGUGAAAUCCACUUAUAAAUUCCAGUUUAAAGAAUCUCAUGCUUACACAAUAUCUGGUGUAGAAGAAGGUUUGUUUGGUUGGAUUUCUGUAAAUUACCUACUUGGAAAGUUUCGUUUACUUCCUGGGGAUAAUGGGCCUGUUAAACAACCUACUAAUGGCAUGCUUGACAUGGGUGGAGCAAGUAUGCAAAUAGCUUAUGAAGUACAAUCGACAGAUAAUCUACCAAGCAGCUUAGUAUCGGAAUUUUCCUUAACGAGAAAUUGGUUUUCUACAAAUCAACGAUACAAACUCUACGUUAAAAGUUAUUUGGGAUAUGGAAUGAAUGCAUUUCGAAGAAAGUAUGAACAGUACCUCUUUGAGAUGUUUGGGAUAAAUAAUAGUAGUAAACAAAAAGCAUCCAAAAUUGAGGAUCCUUGCUUACUCGAAGGUUUUAAUGUAAUAAGUGAAAUUAGUCCUCGUCCAGUUAUUGGUCAGAUGCUUGAACCAGCGAGUGAAAAAUUUUCUGUUCAGUAUACAGGUACGGGUAAUAUGGAUAAAUGUAUGCAAAAUGUGGAACCUUUACUUAAUUUAAAUCAAAGUUGUUCUCCAUUACCAUGUGCAAUUAAUGAUGUUGUUCAAUUGGAUCCAGACUUCAAUUCAAUGGAAUUUUAUGGCCUCAGUGAAUUUUAUUAUACUUUAGAAACAUUAAAAAUGAUCCCACCUGUUCAGUAUAAUUAUUCUUCAGUAUUAAGGAAAAUUGAGGAAACUUGUAGUACACCUUGGGAAACGUAUUUAUCAACACUUAGGAAAGAAAACACAAACUUAUCUGAAGAAAAUCUUAUACGCUAAAGUGUUAACGGUCAUGUACAACAUUCGUUCUUACUUGAAAUGCAGAAACGGUUACAAUUAAAAUCAUUAGUAACUUACGUAUAACUGAUUGAAUAUUUUUUUAUUAAAAUAUUAUGAACUAAGCUGAAUAUAAUAUAUUCUACGAAUAAAUAUGGUGUCUUUAGCACAGUGAUGUGGCUCAGAAUCGGUAUCAAUGGAGCAGAUACAUUUAAUUUUUUGUCUUAAAAUACUUAUAUGCUUUAUUUCAAUAAUUUAUUUUUUUUAUCUGGUAUGAUAAUUCUUAUCCCCAAUCAUUAUUAUUAUUACUUAUACUGUUAAUAAUUUCCUUACUGUGGCAUUUUUCGUCAUAAUUUCAUUUAGCUAUGUUGAUGUCGUGUGGUAAUCUAAAUCGAUGCACUUGUGUCCCAGGUUCUGUGUGUUUUUUGUCUGACUGACCAUCUUUUAUGACUUCCUUUGCUAUGCACCAGGACAAAAUGCUAAUUUGCGCAUUAGUAUUUUUUAAAAUUCCAGUGGUCAUUAUCAAUGUUGUUAUCUUAUCAAAUGUUUCUGAUUUUCUCGUUUCCUUUUCUUUCAAUUCUAGAUUUAAUUCAUUUAUAGGCUUUAA